ACUUUUCCAGUUCUUAGUAAUCUUAUCCAUGGAGCUAGCCAGAGCUGUGAAGCCUCCACUAUCAUACUUCAAUUCUCAAGAACAAACCCUAAUUAAAUCCCCAAACACACAAUCACAAUUCCCAAUCACUCAAAAACCCUAUCACCUCAAAUCCAAACACAAACCAAAUUCCCAUGGCAGCAAAUCAAACAAUCUCGAAAUUUCCGCGCCGACAAUGUCAGAAAUCAUGGAAGCAUCCACAGCGCAGAAUCUCGACAUCCAAAUCCAAACACUCGGCCCGUUUUUCAGGAUCACAGCCACAAGCUUGCAGACCCGGCGGGAAGUGGGCCGGGCCGAGGGGGUGAUACGGGCCUGGUUUGGGGGCAGAAUUCUGCAUUUGGAUUCGAUGAAAUUGCAGAGGGAGACGAUCGGGAUGGAGAAAUCUAUAUUUGGGAUCGGUUUGUUUAUUGGGGCUGUAGCGAUUAGGUUUGGCUAUGAGCGCGGCUGCAGCCGAGCCGAGCUGCUUGCUAUCAAUGACACUGAUCUUUAUCAUAAUAAGCUUGUGAGAUUUUACAAGAAAAUUGGGUUCGAGGAAGUGUACGAGGUGACCGGUUCAUCCUUCGGUGAUUUUAGCCACAUGCUCGUUUGGGGAGGCGUCGGUACAAGAAUGAACGCUAAUCUCGACGAACUCAUGCUCAAGUGGUGUUCAAGAUUCAAGACUACUAAGAAGAAUAAAACCAAGUAAUUCGCACUGUUUCGAUUUCUCGAAUACAUAUAUUAUGUAUCUAUAUAUUGUAUUUUGGUUGCCAAAAAAAGAGAAAAAAAAGAACAAAGAAGAAAUUAAUGUCAAAGUUGUAAAUAUUCUGCUAAUUUUGUAUUAUUCUGUAGAUGUUUAAAA